CUUCAGAGCUGAUGGAGAGACAGAGAGCACGCAACUGGAAAAAAUCAGACAUGGAAUUCAUGGAUUAAAUGGUCACCAAUUGUUUCAGCAUUGCGUAUUGAAUAAUACAACCUUCUUCUACUGCCGUGAAAUGUCAACAGCUGCUCUCCCACUAGAUAGGGCGUAGCUUUCCACAGACGUGAGAACAUCGCUGGGGUCCAUCUCUAUUUACUUCAAGUGGAAGGGUCAAGACAGAAAACAUAGAGGCUUUUAGUAGGAGGAUAAUAAGAUUCCUGUGUCAUACAGCUCUUAAGAGGAACAAAUGAGAUUGAAAUAGCUACAGUGCAAGACGGAGAGAGGCCUUCAUGCACGGUGUGCAUUUGCCACCUAGUGACUACAUUGAGUUCCAGUAGGACAAGCAACAAGGAAAGUGGCAGCCUUGCAGAGCUCCAAGACAUCACUUGCAAAGGAGUCCUGUCAGUGGGAUCCAUUCACCCACACUCCUGUGUAUACUGCACCACUUUGAUUCAUUAUGCCGUACUAUCCAUACUUCAGCCUUGAGAAAGUUUUCCAAGAUGCUUUUGAAGUAUAUAUAUUGCCUGAUGAAGAAGAGGAAGAUGAAGAGGAAGAAAUGGAAGAGGAGGGAGAAGAAAUAGAGGAGGAGGAAGAAAUGGAGGAGGAGGAAGAGGAGGAAGAAGAGGAGGAAGAAGAGGAGGAGGUAGAGGAGGUAGAGGAUGACGACAAUGAAGAGGAGGAUGAAGAAACAGGAGAGGAGGAGGAAAUACCAGAAGAUGAGGAAGUGGAAGAGGUGGAAGUAGUAGGAGAUUCGGAGGAAGUGGAAGAGGAGGAAGAAGUUGAAGAAGAGUACGAAGAGGAGUUUGAGGAGGAGGAAUGGGAGACCACUGAUGAUGAUUCUGUGUCUUUCACAAUAUCUGCCACUUUAAAAAUUUCUCUACCCUCCUGUCCUUCGCCACCUUCCACCUUCUCAUCCCAUCCUCUGAUGUGGGGCAAUCCCAAUGGCGUUGAAGAAUCUGUUGCCUGGAUGAUGAAUAUUUCCCAAAGUCAUCAGAGCUUGUACACCUUCACGUCAUGCAACAACUUGGAUGAAGAAUACAGCAGCCAGGAAGAAGAGAGUGUGAACACCAUCUCAUGGAGAAAACUCCAAAACCAAAAGGUGACUGAACUGGUGAAUCUCCUGAUCCUCAAAUAUAGAAUGAAGGAACCCAUCAAGGAAGUAGAAAUGCUCAGAGUUGUCACAGAAGACUACGAGAAUCGAUUCCCCAUUAUCUUUGAGGAAGCUUCUAAGUGCUUGGAGAUGAUUUUUGGCAUUGAUAUAAAGGAAAAUGAUGCAGUAGCCAGCUCUUAUGUCCUGACCAACUCACUGGGCCUCACAUAUGAAGAUGUGAUGACUGACAAACAGAGACUGCCCAGAAAUGGAUUCCUGAUAGUUAUUCUGGGUGUGAUAUUCAUAGAGGGAAACUGUGCCUCUGAAGAAAGCAUGUGGGAAUUCCUGAAUAUGAUGGGAAUAUAUGAUGGGAAGGAGCACUUCAUUUAUGGGGAGCCCAGGGAGUUCCUCACUGGAGAUUUAGUGUACCAAAAUUAUCUGAUAUAUCAGCAGGUACCCAAGAGUUAUCCUCCACGCUAUCAGUUCUUAUGGGGUCCAAGAGCCUACUCUGAAACCACCAAGAUGAAAGUUCUUGAGUUUUUGGCCAAGCUUACAAGUAGGGCCCCAACUCAUUUCUCAUCCUUAUAUAGCGAGGCAUUCAGAGAUGAGGAAGGGAGAGCUGGAAUCGGACAUGGCCCCUCGGCUUAGUGCCAUGUUGUUAACAACAUGAGGGAGCCUAAUUUCUAGUUUGAAAGAGAACAGGCACAAUUUUCAGUAAAAGAGAAUCAAGUUCAAUCUGGGUAUGGGUAGAACACAGUGUGGGUCAACUUUGUGUUCUGGUUUUUUCCCUUUUGGGUACUUUCUCAAAUUGUAAUUGUAAUUAAAAUGUGUUACAAUAUCUUUGCAAUGUAAGUUUAUGAGUGAUCAUAUUUUCUUUCCUGUCUUACCAGCUUUUGAAAAAAUAGAGGGAACUCUUCAGUGGUUAAUCUUCGAGUUCCUUUAAUUAUUUAGUCAACUCUAAAAUGUGUACCUAGAUUGGUUUGGUUAAUAAAGCAAGAAAAAAUGAUAAUAAA